GAAAAAGCUUAUAAUUUCUUAUGGGUAUCUGCAUAUCCAUUGUAUCGUCAGAGAUUCAUGAGACUGAUUAUGGCCAUGAAAAUGCUGUGUAUUAUGAAGAGACUAAUUCCUUUAAUGAAACCCAAAGAAUUGGCUCAGUUUAUUCUCAGCAAGGAAGCAAAGGAUCAAACCAAGAUGCUGCAAUUCUCUACCAGGGCUGUGGAAUGGAAGAUGGAACUUUUUGUGGAGUUUUCGAUGGGCAUGGAAAGAAUGGUCACAUAGUGAGCAGGUUUGUGAGAAACCACUUGCCUUCGUUGCUCCUGAAUCAGAGGAAUGAUCUUACAAAGAACAAUACAGUUGCAUCAAAUGUUAAGAUCAGAAAUCGAAAUAAAAUAGCAGAGGGAGAAUUGGUACCACAGAAAAAUUUUCAUAAACAGAAAGAGGCUUGUAUUAGUGCCUUCAAAGUGAUAGACAGGAAGAUUAAGCAUCUGGAGAAUUUGGACUGCUCUUGCAGUGGAACCACAGCUGUUGUUGUAGUAAGACAGGGUGAAGAUCUUGUUAUUGCUAAUCUAGGGGAUUCAAGAGCAGUUCUGGGGACAGUCAGGGAUGAUGGAAUCAUGGCUGUUCAAUUGACAACUGAUUUAAAGCCUGGCUUGCCCUCGGAAGCAGAUAGAAUAAGAAAGUGCAAUGGUCGAGUAGGUGCACUGAAAGAAGAACCACACGUUCAGCGAGUGUGGUUGCCACAUGAUGACACUCCAGGCCUGGCCAUGUCGCGUGCAUUUGGAGACUUCCUACUCAAAAAUCAUGGCCUAAUUGCCCUCCCUGAUGUCUCCUUUCACCGUCUUACGCCCAACGACAAGUUUCUUGUACUUGCCACUGAUGGGGUGUGGGAUGUGCUUAAAAAUGAUCAUGUUAUAUGGAUUGUGCACUCAGCAGAGAAUGAAGAGGCAGCAGCAAAAGCAGUGGUAGAAGCAGCUGUUGCUGCAUGGAAACAGAAGUACCCUUCUUCAAGAAGAGAUGACUGCACUGUUCUCUGCCUCUUUUUGCAAAAGAGGAUCCAACAACAUUGUUUGCCCCUUAAAACUUGAGCUUUUAACGCUUCAUCUUCCAGGUUGAGCAUUACACCUUUAUCAUAGAGGAUCUUGAAGCAACUUGAAUGGCCGCGACACUAUGUGCUCUUUGCAGUUAGUUUGCUUGACCAGUGCCUAUGGGGAGAGACUGAAGGGAAGAGUAAAUAUGUUUCUUGUUCUACCAUGAUUGCCCGAUUGUUCCAUUCAACAAAUAGAAUCCUGUGUUUAUCAUAUUGGGCUGAUGUUAUUGCUCUGAA